CGGCGCGGCCGCGGAGCCGGGGUUGGGGGCGAUGGAGUCGGACGCGGAGAAUGGGGAGGAGUUGGAUAACGGCCGCCGCCGCGCCAGGGGAGCCGACCUGGAAAUGAGAUGGGUUCAGGGAUUCACAAACAGGAAUGUUGGUUUUGUCAAUAACAAGACUAUCUGCUAUCCCUGUGGCAACUACAUCCUUUUUGUUGACAUUGAAACAAAGAAGACGACAGUGCUGAAGUGUAAGAAUGGCCACAUUGGAGCCUUUGCAGUGAAUGGGAACAGUCAAGUGGUGGCUUUUUCAGACCAGAAGCUAAAUCCUGUCAUCUAUAUCUACACUUUUCCAGGACUCGUUAAACGGUCAGAAAUAAAAGGGAAGGCACAGCUGGACUACUCUUUACUUGCAUUCAGUUACAUGGGUCCUUAUCUGGCCAGUUACUCUUCAGUCCCAGAAUUUGCUCUUUCAAUAUGGGACUGGCAAGAAAAUAUCCUUUUGUGCAGUAAAUCUCAACCAGGUGUGAAAGUGACCUCUAUGAGCUUUAACCCCAUGAACUGGCACCAGCUUUGUUUGUCCAAUGAAAACUCCCUGACUGUCUGGAAUAUUGAAAGGAACGAUCAAGAACAUCAUCUCAAGUCAAAGCCUGUCAGACUCCCUGCCGAAGAUGGGUCUCUGAUGUGUAAACAGGAUGUCUUUUUUUCACAUCCUGAUAUCCAAGACCUCUACUAUGGGCCUGUGCUGCCAAUUUCAGCAAUUGCUGGGCUGGCAGGGGAUGAAGCAGAGACAUUUAGGCCUAAAGAUGACAUCCAGCCUUCAGUCCACCCUACCGUCCACUGCUGGACUGCAACGUCUGACCUGUAUAUGGGCUGUGAAGAGGGACAUUUUUUGGCAAUUAAUGUUGAGACACUCAAAGCUUCUCUUCUUUAUUACAAACCUUCACAAGACGCUAAAGAACGAAGGCGAACAAAAUUUCGUUCCUUACCACUUCUUUCUGGCGAUAGUUUGAAAAAGGAAGAAGACAAACGGAGAACACAAAAACCUGUUCUGCUUGCCAUGGCAUAUCAUAAGGAUGGACUAUAUGCAGCUGGAAGUGAUGGUAUUGUGCACUUUUACCAAAUCAAAGGCACACACUAUCAGAUGGAUGAUUGCUUUGAUGUAUCAGAACCCAUAACCAGCCUCGUUUUCUCCCCUGACUACAACACAUUACUAGUAGAAACAGACAAGGGAUCAGUCUAUGUCUAUAAACCUUCUCAGAAUGAGGAAGUCAUCAAACUCUUGGAUGCAUGCAAUGAUCAUUUCCUGUCAGCUGAUUUUCUUACUCCAGGGAAUAAGUAUUGUGUGUCUGUAGCAAUUUCAGGGGAAGUGCAUGUUUGGCUGCUGGAGGACGGAACUUUCAUAAGCAAGCUCUGCCUGAAUACACAGGCAACUGCUAUGGUCUGCUGCCCCUCCUCAUAUAGUGUUGCUGUGGGGACCAAAGUGGGUCAUGUCUAUUUCAUUGAUGUUACCAAAGUUGAAACGCCACGUGUGGUUCACAGAGUUCUUCUUUCCAACUUACCUGUGCGCCAUCUGCAAUAUGAUCAGAGUGGUCAGUACCUCAUAACUGGAGCUGCAGAAGGACAUAUCUUUAUUUUAGAUGCUCGGCCCUCAAAAUUAUUCCAGGUUCUUGGAUACUUAGUGAUGAGUAGUGAAGUCCUAGGCCUUUCUGCAAUAUAUGAUGUGGAGAGUGAAUUAGUUGAGGUGAUGGCACUUCUUUGUCCACCAGACAUCAGAAGAGCAAGACUGGAAAUCUUUUGUCUGCCUUCAGCAAUUACAAUAGACAAUGAUGAGUGUAUUGAUGAAAGAGGGAUGCUGAAGAACCGUGUCAUUCAGAAGCGCCAGUACGAAUUAGAUUACCCCCUGUCCUCAGCAGUCAGACAGAAAGAUGACACUGUGUAUGGCUACUGCAACCACGCACCUUUCAUCUGUAAAUACCAUCUUGCCAAAAAGAAAACCUGGAAAGAUGCGUCAGUUACUUUAUCAGAGAAGAAGAUUCCAAGCAACCAGUUUGCACCAGGGUUCCUCCAUUUUUCACCUAACAGCCAGCUGUUGGCAUCAGUGGCUAAGGAUGGAGUAUUGUUUAUCCGUGAUGCUGUUACUUUGGAAACAGUUGCUCGGGAGCAUUGCCAUUCUUACCAAGGACAGGGAAUUGGAUCGUUGGCGUUUUCAUUGGAUGGCCAGUUCAUACUUGUCAGUGGCGUGAAUGAUGGUACCCUUGUGUGCCUGAAAUGGAAGACUGGAGACGAUGAAAUUAAGGAAGCUACUGAUUAUUGGCGACUCAUUCUCGCCAUUCUGAACAACUCAAUUUACAGUGAAAAUACUGUUUUAAAGUCCAUGGCGGAAUGGAACAUUGCUACAGAGUCCCUACUGGAAUCAUCCUUGGAAAAGGAAUCUCAGGAAAUGCCCCAGAAGAAACCAAGUGUGGAGGUGACGGAUGAAGAUAGCUACCACAACCUGAACAUACUCAGUACUGAUGAAAUGACAUGGCUCAACCAGAAAGUUCAGAAGGCCAUCAAAGAAGAGAUCAAGAAGUUUGCUGACAAGAGGAAAGAACUGAAAAAAGGAAUUAAAAAGCUCCGUAAAACUAUUCAGGAAAUGAUGUAUGAAAAUGAACAGGUGCCUGAUAUUGAAAGACUGGACCAGCAGGAAUUCAACCUGGACAUCGAAGAACAGGAAAGGCUGCAGGCGGAGAGUGAACAAGAAGUGGCCAGGGUAAGGAAGGAGAUUGAGAUGGAGAAUCUAGCCAAAUGCUAUCUGCGUGACAUCAUCAAAAAGGAAUGCUGGGACUCCAUGUCCAUAAAAGGUCGUGCAAUUAAGUGCUUCCAUGCAGCCUAUAAGGUGACGAAUUACCCAAUGAAAGAACGUAGUAAAGAAGAGUUGGAAGCCUUGGAAAGGGUACUGCAGUUAAAGAAGAUUGAGUCAGCUGAUCUUAAGAUUCGGAAGGAGAUUGUUGAGUUUCAGUCUCAGGCUGUACCACCUAAGGAGGAAGGGGAGAAGGUGGAAGAAGAAGCUGUGACUGAUGAGAGCACCUCCAAUUCCCUGAUCGGGAGCCUGAGUGCUCAGUUUGGGGGAGACACCUCCAUUUUGUACCACCAAAUGGACCUGCACACCAGGGAGGAGAAGAUUAAUCAGAUCAUAUUACUGCAGGACAUCAUUUACAAAGUGAAGACUGCCUUUAAUAAGGAGUUUGAUACCGUUGCUCGACAGAAGGAGCAGGAGAUUGCACGUGUAAAGGAAAGGAACCUGAGGAUCCAAGAAAUCGUAGAACAGCUCGAACUCCAGGAGGUGGUCUGGGAGCCAGCUCUGACAGAUGAUGAGAUACCAGAGCACGCUCUCACUGUCCAGGAUUCAGAGAUUAAAGUUGAAAAAUACCUUACCCCACAGCAGAGAGCAAAAGCAGAGAUGAUGGCUAAGAUUGAAAUGGAAAGACGUCUUGCUGCUCUGAACAGUGCAAGACAACGUGCCCUUUAUGACAUGAUGGGUGGGGUCCUAGAAGUCAAAAAGGAAGACAUCUUGAAGAUAGAGAUUCCCCCACCUCCUUUUGUUUCUAAACCUGAUGCCCUUUGGAAUGAAGAAGAAAAGAAAGUAUUCAAGGAAUAUGAGAAAAAAGUUAAGGAGCUGAAUGAAGAAAGGGAAAAAUACAGAAAGACACUAGAAACUGAAUUGAAGAAACUUCAAACCUCCAUUCAGGAAACAACACAAAAUUUUGAUGACACCGUAAGCAAGCUCUUUGAGCGGAAAGUUAAAUCAGAGAUGGUCAUAUACCAGGAGGAACUCAAAAUAAACAACCUCCUUUACUCUUUGCUGUUGGAUGAAGAGCUGAGCACAAGAGAAGCUGGACUGAAUCACUUCCUUGACAAGAAGCGGAAGGAGAAGCUCAGUACUGCAGAGGAGGUCCAGGUUGUACGAGCACAAGUUGAUGCUUACAGAGAGACCUAUGACAACUUAGCAGCUGAAGACAAAAUUCUGGAACGUGGCUUUAAAAAGGAAUUUUCUGAUGUCCCAGUGCAUCACAUUGAUCAUCUUUUCAAACUUUACAAACGCCGACCAAGAGCCCAGAAGAUCAAGAUGCACCUUGACACUGCUAACCCUUAUGGAGAUCGGCCAGGCUCAGCCAGAGCUUACAAAGAGGCACUUGCCCAUUUAAUGAAAGCCAUAGAUGAAAUGGAUGAUCCUGAAAACAUGCCUGAGGGAUUAGACCUGCCUGUCUGGGAACGUUUCUGUUUGGCUAGACGAACAAAAGUGGAAGGCGAACAGCUGGUGAAACGGAAAGCCCUGACGCUAGCGGAGAUGCAGGCCUUUCUCCAGAAAAGGAUGGAUGAUGAUGAGAAGAUAAGGAUGGACAUUGAAAAAAUUUUAAAUGAACUCAAUAUGCUACGAGAGGAGAAGAUGAGGUUUCAACUGGAUUUGACUGUCCAAUUUCUGCUUAAACAAGGACAGGUGGAAUUGGAGAGUGCUGCUGAGCUAAUACCAGAUUAUACUGACGCUAUUCUCCUUCACAAGAGUGUUAUUGAAGAACUGAAUUGCACAAUCCGGGCUCAAGGAGAAAAGAAAAUUGCUAGCAUGGUGGAAAGUAAAGACUUCUCUAAAGGGAUAUUUCAGCUGGAAUGGGAACAUAAAAAAAUGAAGAUGCUGAUGGAAGAUCUAAACCAGAGGGCUCGGGAUAUUCAAAAUCUGCAUGUUUCAAGAGAUCGCCAGCUAUUCCUACGCAUACUAAACUAUGACAGCCACAUCACCCAACAGGUUUCAGUAAUGGAGCAGACGCUUGGUGUGAUGGAUAAGCUGCACAAGAAGAAUGUGAAGAACUAUCAGAAAGUAUUUAAAGAUCUGGAGAAGCGUAUCUGUUUAAAGGAACAAGCAAACUACAAACUCAGCCAGGAGCUGCAAGAAAUACUUGUGUCUGUUUCAGAAAGGCGGCAUAUCUUUGAAGCAGCUGACACACAGCUGGUUUCUGAAAAAGCCGCAAAGGAGCAUUACCAGGAUAUUGUGCAGCGACGACAGCUAGUGGAUCUUGCAAAAGAACAGGCCCAAGAGAUUUCAGUUCUUCAGGCAGAAGUUGAAAGGCUGAGAAUGAGAACAUUUCCCGCCCUUUUUGAAAUGGAAUAUUAGCAGAAGGGUACUUCCACCAACAUAAACGCAUACGAGUUCAUCGUUGCUUAUCUCCUUUGCUUACCGUAGAUACAUCUCUCUACAAAAGAAUUGAUUUCUUCAUUUACUAUUCUAAAAUAUUUUACUAGACUGAGUAUGAAAGCUAUUUUGUACAGUUUCUACCCAAUUUUGGUGUGCCUGUUGUAAAACUGCAAUUUAUGAUUUCAUAGCUUAUUGACAGACGCAUGUUUAUUACUAUAGAAAUAGCUAUUUUGAACAACACAGUCACCUUGUGUAUUCUGUGGUCUGCAAUGCACGUUCCUAUGAUGCCGAAGAAUGGAAGCAAUUCAGAAAACGCUGAAUUGUAUUUACUUAGGAAAAAAAUAUGGGGCAAAAUUGCCAAGUAGUAUAACUAAAAAUAGUUUUGUUAAAAAUCAAUUACUAGUAUAUGUGUUGAAUGAAACCACAAAUAUACUGAUUUAAAAUAAAACAGUUCAUCAUCAUUGCUUCAUGAUACCAUGAUGACAGGCAGCAUCAGGUGCCCUUUACCUUACAAUCAUAGAAUAUCAGGGUUGGAAGGGACCUCAGAUCAUCUAGUUCAACCCCCUGCUCAUUGAUUAUAUUAUAAUUAAAAGAAAAACCCCACAACGCUCCUGCUUCAUUUAACUCCCAAGUCUUGAGUUCAGGAUCCCAUAUUUUACCUCAUUAGUUGAUGCCAUCACACACAGGUCAACGUCAGUUUACAUCACAGGAAAAUGCUCUCAGCACUGUUUUUACGUGUUUUUUUCAAUUGUGCUAAUUGACAUGAUACACAAUGCUGAACUUGGAAGGCUUGAUAAGUGAAGUAUGCACUGGUUUUCAAAACGGUUUUAAAUUCUGGAAGAUACAAUUUAAGUCUAUACCCACUGUUAAUAAUUUUGAAUCCUAAAGAGUUGAACAUCUUUUCAUUUUUAAACCAUUAUUAGUUUCAUCUUAUUUCUGCUCUUAGAUUUUUUUUAAAAAUACAGUGAAGUGGAAUAAAAUCUAACAGUCCUUAGAUUGAAUAAGCCUUAUUAGAACUACCCUACCGGACUCUUCUUAAACAGUUUCUAUUAUAUGCCCUGCUAGUGGAGUCCAACUUCAGAUGUGUUGGCAUAAGAUUUCUUCUGAGACCACUUCUCUCCCCAAAGAGAUGGGAAGCGGAUAAAGAAAAGAGGAACCUUUAAUAAAUUCUACCAUGUGGUCUAAGAUGGACCUGCACAGGAAUUUCCUGCCAUUACAGUUUCCCCCCACACCUGUUCUAAAUUUUCUUCUUUCAUCUUUCCUAGGAAAUAUGCCUCAAGUCGGAGCUCCAUUCCAAGGUGACAUCACUAACAGCAUUAAUACUUUUGUUUAGCAAAUACUACAGUUGUUAUC